AUGUCCAACUCCAACUCCAACUACAAUUCCAACGACUUAUCCAAACAGUUAAGCGGGUUGGCCAUUCGGACCGCUUCAACCUCGUCCUCUUCACUGGGCUCCAACUCCAAGGAGGUCUCUCCCAAGGCCAUCACACCAACUCAGUCACAUUCCCUAGUGAAUACUCCUACCAGCCCUAUGAUCACUCCAAGCCACUCGCAAUUAAACAGCGAUAUUCAAGCCAGAAUCAUGGCUUUUCAACAGAAGCGUUCAGGGAAACGAGGAGGCUUGAAAAUGAAUAUCAACGAUAGAACCCCCGACAGAUCUCCAGAUACUUUAAGUCCACCUGUGAUGUUGAAUGAAGAUAGAUCUGGUCCAAAAUCAUCUGGGGAGAUAUCUCGAAGACUAUCAGAAAGAAAGAAGAAACCGAACUUCAAGUUGAAUUUGUCUGAAGACUCUUCUCGGACUUCAUCCAGACCUAAUAGUAACGACAAUAACCCUAAUGACAGUAAUGAAACUAAGAGCAAUGAUAACACUAUUGCCAACCAGAACAAUGAGCCUAGACAACCACAAUUGCAAGGGCUUUUUGCCAAUUACUCCAAGUAUAUUGACAUAAAAUCGGGUUCUUUAAAGUUCACGGGGAAAGCAUCUUUAAAUUCUACAGGUAUCGACUUCUCUUCUGGGACUUCCUUCCGUAUAUCUUUAGAUCAAUUGCAGUUCAUCGAAGAGUUGGGAAGAGGUAAUUAUGGUACUGUGUCGAAGGUUCUACAUAAGCCCACUGGUGUAUUAAUGGCCAUGAAAGAAGUUCGGUUAGAGCUUGAUGAAUCUAAAUUCACCCAGAUUUUAAUGGAAUUAGAAGUUCUCCACAAGUGUCAUUCUCCAUACAUUGUGGAUUUUUAUGGAGCCUUCUUCGUCGAAGGUGCUGUUUAUAUGUGCAUUGAGAAUAUGGACGGUGAAUCUUUGGAUAAGGUUUACGAGAAAGACGUGGGCAUUAAAGAUGAAAGUCAUUUGGCAUAUAUUUCGGAGUGUAUCAUUAGAGGAUUGAAAGAAUUAAAGGAUAAUCACAACAUUAUUCAUAGAGACGUGAAGCCCACAAACAUUUUGGUGAACUCUAAUGGGAAGGUGAAGCUUUGCGAUUUUGGUGUCAGUGGUAAUUUAGUUUCAUCACUCGCCAAAACCAAUAUCGGUUGUCAAAGUUAUAUGGCUCCAGAGAGAAUCAAGACUAUGAAUCCUGAUGACAAUACUUAUUCAGUGCAAUCGGAUAUUUGGUCCUUAGGAUUGACCAUCUUAGAAAUAGCCAAGGGUAAUUAUCCCUACCCGGCUGAGACUUACGAAAACAUUUUCUCACAAUUGAGUGCAAUGGUUGAUGGUGAACCACCUAAAUUAGAUGCAAAUUUGUUCAGCAAAGAAGCUCAACAAUUUGUGCAAUCUUGCUUGAAUAAGAAUCCCGAUUUAAGACCUAGCUACCAAGAUUUACUUGAACAUCCCUGGCUUGUCAAGUAUAAGGACACACCAAUGGCUAGCUUUGAGGCAUACGUUAAGGAACGUAUCAACAAGCUGCAACUCGAGAAGAAGCUCAAUAGAUCUGGAAACAAACCAAGAGAGAAUGUGAGCUCGAUCUUAAAGGGUAAAGUCAGAGCCCCAGCUCUUCAUAGAGGUGGUCUUUUUACCAACAACCGUAGCUUCGUUAAUCGUUGA